AAUAAAUUUCAGUUACCCAACAGCACUAGGUGUUGCUAAGGAAGGAGGGCGGGGAGGGGACACACUGGUAACGGGGAAGGAACCACCGGCCUUGGUUUUCCAAAAUACCUUUGUGACCCAUGGAGGGAGAGAGAGAGGAUUUCUGCAUGUCAAACCUGAAAAUUUACUUUUCAGUUUCCUUGGAAACUGGUUUCUACAUCAGGGUAACAUACUUUGGCACCAGGUUCAGCAAAACUACUUUCUUUACCAUUGGGGUAGAAGUGACUGCCUCCAAUUCCCCACGUUGUAACUACUGGCAGGUUCCGAAUGGUGUUUCAGGGGCUUGUAUGCACACUGCGUUCCAGAAUUCAGUCCCAUUGAAGUUGGGGCUGUUUACAAUGGCACCUACUGAAAUUUGCUCACCUUGGUACGCAAACACAUCGGAUCAAGAGACCAGUAAAGCUGCAGAGGGAUGGCUGUUAAAAAGCAGAAGUGGCUUUAAUCUUUUUAGGUCUCUAAGCCCUCAUUGUUAUACAGGUGCUGGCCAAUCAACUAAUCAGCGACAGUCCUAACUGCUGGGAUCAGGGUAAAGCUGAUACGCCUGUAUCAGUUCCACAACCUGUCGCGCACCCCAGUAGAGAACACACUGAGGAUUGAUAAGGACAAAGGAAAGUUUCUAUCAAAGUUUAGGACAGAGGGACAGAGCGGGGAGCAGUUUCAGAUCACAGUUAAGGCCCAAACCGGAGAGGAAGCCAAACCUCCCGCGUGCUCUUCGGUCGCCUCGGGGGCCAAGGAAAUGCGACAGGCAAGUUUUUCUACAGGACUUCUGCCGCCUCGUCCUCGAGAGGCGCGAGCUCCGCAGCGCCGUCAAUCGAAGGCUCGGCCUCUGCCGGUCUCCCUCCACCCCAGGGCUGGCCGACCCCGGCGUGCGGCGGAGGACGAGCGGCUCCCGCAGGCGUGCACGCCGGCUACCCGGCUAGCUUGGCGCGGGGGCCUCCCUUCACUUCCCGCGGUCCCCUGUCCACCUGGGCGCCCAGGUCCGGAAAGCUCGCUGCGGGCGCAGAGUGGGUCACCCAGAGCCCUUCUCCGCUCCCCCGCGCGCCGGCGCUAUGGAGACAGUCACGAGACGCCGGCGGUUCCUGCGCCCGCCAAUGGGAACGCACGUCGCGGGGAGACGCAGACGUCGCUCUUCCAAGAUGGCGGCGCGUCCGUCGCGAGCAGCCGGGCCCGGGGGAAGCCAGCGAAGCCGAGUAAAGCCGCCGCCCGGGAAAGGACUGAAGGAGCUGUUGCCACCGUUGGCGGCGGCUCAGGCAGUUUUCGCUGCUGCUACGGCUGUUGCCAUGCGGCGAGGCUAGGGAGGAGCUCACUUCCCCGGGGUGUAAUAAUGUUAACAGAGACCAGUCUGUCCAUAUGGGGAUGGGGAAGCCUUGGCAUUGUCCUUUCUCUAAUAACCUUUGGACCCUUUGUAAUAUUUUAUUUGGCAUUUUAUAUCCUCUGCUUUGUGGGUGGGGGUUUUGUGGUUACUCUCCUGUUUGGAAAAACAAACUCAGAGAAAUACCUAGAGCAGUGUGAACACUCAUUUCUUCCUCCAACAUCAACUGGAAUCCCUAAGUGCUUAGAAGAAAUGAAACGGGAAGCCAGGACUAUAAAGAUCGAUAGAAGAUUGACGGGUGCCAAUAUAAUUGAUGAACCUCUCCAGCAAGUUAUCCAGUUUUCCAUGAGGGAUUAUGUCCAGUAUUGGUAUUAUACACUAAGUGAUGAUGAAUCUUUUCUUCUUGAAAUUAGGCAGACUCUUCAAAAUGCACUCAUUCAGUUUGCUACUAGGUCAAAAGAAAUAGACUGGCAACCUUAUUUUACUACACGUAUUGUAGAUGAUUUUGGCACACACCUACGAGUAUUCAGAAAGGCUCAACAGAAGAUAACAGAGAAAGAUGAUCAAGUAACAGGUACAGCAGAAGAUCUUGUGGAUACCUUCUUUGAGGUUGAAGUUGAAAUGGAGAAGGAUGUUUGCCGUGAUCUAGUUUGCACUUCUCCCAAAGAUGAAGAAGGAUUCCUAAGGGAUUUGUGUGAGGUCUUAUUAUAUUUAUUGCUACCUCCUGGAGAUUUCCAGAACAGGAUCAUGCGAUACUUUGUCAGGGAAAUCAUUGCACGAGGAAUUCUUCUUCCAUUAAUAAAUCAACUCAGUGAUCCUGAUUAUAUUAAUCAAUAUAUCAUAUGGAUGAUACGUGAUUCUAAUUGCAACUAUGAGGCCUUUAUGAACAUUAUUAAAUUGAGUGACAGUAUAGGAGAGCUCGAAGCAGUCAGAGAUAAGGCAGCAGAAGAAUUACAGUAUCUUCGUUCUCUAGAUACAGCUGGUGAUGAUAUCAACACUAUCAAAAAUCAAAUAAAUAGCUUAUUAUUUGUAAAGAAAGUAUGUGACUCAAGAAUACAGCGGUUGCAGUCAGGCAAAGAAAUAAAUACUGUGAAACUGGCAGCAAACUUUGGGAAACUUUGCACAGUCCCUCUGGACAGCAUUCUUGUAGACAAUGUUGCACUACAAUUUUUUAUGGAUUACAUGCAACAAACUGGAGGUCAAGCACAUCUCUUCUUUUGGAUGACAGUGGAAGGAUACCGGGUGACAGCCCAACAGCAACUACAAGUUUUAUUAAGUCGUCAGAAAGAUGGAAAACAUCAAACCAACCAAACCAAAGGUCUUUUAAGAGCUGCUGCUGUUGGAAUUUAUGAACAGUAUUUAUCAGAAAAGGCAUCUCCAAGAGUUACUGUUGAUGAUUAUUUGGUAGCAAAAUUAGCAGAUACUUUGAAUCAUGAAGAUCCAACUCCUGAAAUCUUUGAUGACAUUCAAAGAAAGGUGUAUGAAUUGAUGCUACGAGAUGAAAGGUUUUAUCCUUCCUUCAGACAGAAUGCACUUUAUGUGCGCAUGUUAGCUGAGCUGGAUAUGUUAAAGGAUCCUAGUUUCAGAGGAUCGGAUGAUGGUGAUGGAGAAUCAUUUAAUGGGUCUCCUACAGGAAGUAUAAAUUUGUCUUUGGAUGACCUUUCAAAUGUAUCUUCUGAUGACUUAGUACAACUUCAUGCUUACAUUUCAGACACUGUAUAUGCUGACUAUGACCCAUAUGCUGUGGCAGGCGUUUGUAAUGAUCAUGGCAAGACAUAUGCAUUGUAUGCCAUCACUGUACACCGGCGCAAUCUAAACAGUGAGGAGAUGUGGAAAACCUAUCGUCGUUACAGUGACUUCCAUGACUUCCACAUGAGAAUCACUGAACAGUUUGAAAAUCUGUCAAGUAUAUUGAAGCUUCCUGGUAAAAAGACUUUUAAUAAUAUGGAUAGAGAUUUUUUAGAAAAGAGAAAAAAAGAUCUAAAUGCAUAUUUACAGUUACUAUUAACUCCUGAAAUGAUGAAAGCAUCCCCAGCUUUGGCUCACUAUGUGUAUGAUUUCCUUGAGAACAAAGCCUACAGUAAAGGGAAAGGUGAUUUUGCUCGCAAGAUGGACACUUUUGUAAAUCCUCUUCGAAAUUCUAUGAGGAAUGUCUCAAAUGCAGUUAAAUCCCUUCCUGAUAGUUUGGCAGAGGGAAUGACUAAAAUGUCAGACAACAUGGGCAAAAUGUCAGAACGAUUAGGUCAAGACAUAAAGCAAUCAUUUUUCAAGAUGCCUCCUUUAAUUCCAAAGACUGAUUCAGAUCCCGAGCAUUGUCGAGUCUCGGCUCAACUUGAUGAUACUGUGGAUGACAAUAUUCCACUUAGGGUGAUGCUGCUUCUCAUGGAUGAAGUAUUCGACUUAAAAGAGAGAAACCAGUGGUUACGAAGAAAUAUCAAAAACCUACUUCAGCAGCUUAUUAGAGCCACAUAUGGUGACACUAUUAACAGAAAAAUAGUUGACCAUGUUGACUGGAUGACCUCACCUGAGCAAGUAGCAGACUUAGUGAAACGUUUCAGGGAUGCCUUUUGGCCAAAUGGCAUUUUAGCAGAGACUGUUCCAUGCAGAGAUAAAGCUAUUCGAAUGAGAACAAGAAUUGCAGGAAAAACUAAACUACUUUCAAUUAUGCCAGAUGAACUGAAGCACAUAAUUGGGGCUGAGACAACACGGAAAGGUAUUCUUCGUGUUUUUGAAAUGUUUCAGCACAACCAGUUAAAUAGGAGAAUGGUUUAUGUCUUCUUGGAAGGCUUUUUGGAAACAUUAUUUCCACAGUAUAAAUUCCGCGAACUUUUCAACAAACUGCAUUCACGGUCAAAGCAGAUGCAAAAAUAUAAACAGAAACUUCAAACAACUCAAGCGCCUUCUUUACAAAAAAGGUGACACUCCAAUCUGUGAAGCUGGUGUUCAUCUUGUCCAUAACUAAUUGGUAUGGACAGAUCUUCUGGGGCUUAACUCAUAUACUGUGUGUCUGCACCGGUCUUUUAGUGUCUCAAAAUAGAUUAUUAACACAUCCAUAAGACUGUGGUUCUUCUCAUCCUCGUCUGUAAUCCAGCCACUACCAAGAGAGUUGCUGUGUCUUAAAUGAUUUGGUGCAUAUUUUUGCAACAUUGAAAGGAUACUGCCCCCAUCUCAAGCAAGAAUGAUGUCAGUCUCUUUCGUUUUAAACUAAUCAGCAUUCUGCAGCAAAGAUGAAGUGCCAGACUGUAUAUAUGAGAGCAAAGGAAAGCACAAAACAGCAGUUCACAGAUAAAUUGGCUGAUUUGUUCAACAGUGGGAGACUGUGCAAUGCACAAUUUGGAGGGAUUUAUUUUGCAUAAUGAUUUUAUGGGUCUUUGUCAGAAUUUAAUAUAGUGUGGAUUAGCCAGGUGAAUGAUCUUUGGAACAUCUGUUUUGGGUCUGGGGAAAAUGACAGAAUGCCACUAUAGUGUGAAGUAACCUUAUACCCAAAUUACAGUUUUGUGAUAUAAAAAUAAAACCUAGUAUAAAAUAAAACCAAUCAAAACCAGAAUUUGAUUGGAUUUGUUAUUCAUUGGUAUAAAACACAUUUUAAUGGAUUCUUAUGUGCUUUAAGGGCUCUAUUUUGCUCUUACGGUACUCAAUCAUAAGUUUUCUUUUGGCAUUCUGUGUGUAAAAAGCAUAUAAAAGUUUCAAAAUUAUUAGUUUUCUUUACCUUUAAGAGAUUACUGUUUAUACAGUAGGGGGUAUAAUUUGUUGAAAGAACUGCCAAAUAAAUUCUGUCCUUCUAAAAAUAUGAGAACUGCAAAAACAGUACUCUAUUGAAAGUUACCAGAUGAUAAUUUUAUCAAAUUGUGUGACCUAGACAUACCUUAGGUGAUUGCAAAAAUAGCAAAUCAAAGGAUUAAAGGAGCUUAUUAGUCAUAUGUAAACAUACAAAUUCCUAAUUCUAUUAUAGUGUACAUAUAUGAAAAUAAUGAAAACAGAACUAUAAUAUUUUUAAAAAUAUGCUUUUAUUUAUAUUUUGCAUAAUGUAAAAUUCUACUAAAUAAAGCAGGUUAGCAAAACCCCUCAGUGUAUACAUUUAAGUCCCUAAAAUAAUUUUAUACCAACAAUAACAAAUACCUUUUCCAGUUUUGGAGCUUCUGCAUUUCCUAUAGUUUUCUCAUUCUCCAUGUGUCCAUCUUGGAAGUCUUUAUAUCCCUUGUAUGCAGGAUUCCUGCAUAGUUUUAAAUACUUCCACUGACUGAGGAUUUAGGUGUGUCAGCAUUUUUUGUUUUAAAAAUAUUUAACACUAAAACCUUGAAAUAGUGAAGCUACUUAUCACACCACUGAGCCAAGAUCCUGGUAUUAAAAGAAAGUCUGGGUGCUUAAGAUAAAGGGACAAAGUAUUGGUAUCCCAGUUAUUUGGGAGCUUUAAGAUUGGAACAAGAUGUUAGUGUCUUGUUUUCACUGAGAUCUAUUUACAGAGUGAAGCCUAAUACCCUGUUUCCCUGAAAAUAAGACCUAGCCGGACAAUCAUCUCUUCUAAUGCGUCUUUUGGAGCAAAAAUGAACAUAACGGUCUUAGUUAAUUUUUGCUCCAAAAGACUUAUUAGAGUUGAUUGGCCGGCUAGGUCUUAUUUUCAGGGAAACACGGUAACAGAAUAAAGCCUUCUUUUAAAGCUUUAUAAUAAUCAUAUUUAUUAAUAAUGCUGUUGUGCAUACUUGUAGUAUGCAUAUAUUCAGUGUGUGUUGCAUGUUUUCAGAAUUGCAUCAAUGAAAUCCCUUUCAUUGCAACUUGCCGAUGAGAAAAGCUCCCCUAUUUGACUCUGGUGGAAGAAAUAAUAUUUCUUCUUCUCAGUGUGUCUCCCUGCCCUGGUCCCUCCCCAUGCCCCAGGCUUUAAAAGUGAGGCUGUGUGAAACAUGUCUGUAAAAAGUGUCAGCAUGGCCAUAAGUGCAAUGAUUUUUCAAAUAUGCCCCUGCCCAUCUCAAGUAUAUUUUUGACAUAAAUAAAUCUAUGGGUAAACAAAGAAUUCAUGUAAAAGUCUAGGGUGUACAUGAGAAAAAACAUUUCUAGAUAAUGUAAGGAACACUGGCCAUCAACCAGGGAAAGAAACGUCAUGCAAGAUUGCAGAUUUUCAUAGCAGCGCCCUGCAGGAUAACGGCGCCAUACCAAAAAAUAAUUGAGUAAAUGAGUUUUUAAAAUAAUUUUUGUUUAAAAGACUUUAUAUUUCAAAAGCAGAAAUGUCAAAUGGUAGUCUGCGUAAACGGUUGUGCAUCUUCUCUGUACACCCCUAUGUUUUACAUCAGAGAGAGCCGUGGUCAUGCUAAAAUUAGAGAUACUCUUUGAAUGACUUGGUCAAGCUGUGUGUAAAAUAUUUAACCAUAAGUCAAGUACAGUGUACUAUGUAUAAUAAAGUUAUUACAUUUAAUGCAUUUAUUGCAGAUACGAAUAUACAUAAAGAGGCUUUAUGUCUUUUGAUAUUUGAUUUUUGAAUGUGUUUUGUUUUGUUUUUUAAGUCAGUGGUGCCUUUAGGCAGGAACCUUCAAAAUUAAUCAUUCUCUGGUUUUCUUUUUUCAGGUAACACAUAAACUAUUUAGAAACCAUCAUUAUUAACUUCUAAUAAGUUCAUUCACCUAAAAAAUUGAUUGUAUGAUUUAAAUAUAGUGCUUAGGUGGGCAUUUCCUAUUAUUAGGUUGUUCUGAAUAUUUGCUGAAAACAAUUGUGCCAUUGACCAAUGGAUGCACUUGGUUAGCCUUAAUUUUUUUUAAAAGAAAACAUUAAAAACUUUCUUGAAUAAUUCAGUUUGCUCAUUUUAAGUUUGUGCUCCUGGUGUUUGGGGAAAAAAAUCAAACAGUUAAAUGCUACCAGAAAGUGUACCAAUUUUUUAAAAAUUAAGAACAAUAUCAAUUUCACGAUCUAAAAUUUUAAUUUUGUGCAAUAUUUUCAUUUAAUGCAUGUGUAUUUGAGUAAUUGUAAAAUAAAUGAAUUUUUAAUGUUUUGAGAUCUAGUUUAAACUGUCUUCUUAACCCAGCAACUUACAUUCCGUUGUUGCUGCAUCCUUUUAUUUAAGGACUUGUUUUAAAAGUCUUUUUUGUCACUCCUUAUAAAAUUCUUUUGUUAUUAGUGAAUUUUGCUUAUAGGAGCAUGACUCCUGUAUUACAAGGGAAAAAUAUAAAGAGCACAUCGUAGGAUUAUAAUUGUUAAAAGAUAACUUGUGCAUCUCGUUGUGCAGUAAGUGUCAGCUGUGUGCCUAACUAUUCUAUGAGUACUUUCCUUCUUUAACAAAGACGAAACAACAGUCAGUUAUUUUUAUUGAACUAAAAAGAAGAGUAAGAAUUUUAUUUGGUUUGUGUUAUGUUCUGUCCAUUAGAAAAUACUAAUAAAGUAUUAACAAACCUUUUUGUUGAAUUUA